AUGCGAUCCUCCAGCUAUCGAGAAUCCUGGAAGCUAAAGAACGCGGUCCGCCUCUACUAUUCCAGCAAGUUCGACCGUGGUAGGGGAGUUAGCGAACUGAACUUGCGCGCCCGUUGCAAAGCUGUCAUGAUGCAACAAGAUCAACCUGAAAGGGACGGCGGCGAGCGCCCAAUUCGUCGAGCUCACCUGGACUCGCACAACUUAGUCCCAAACAACACCUUUGCCACUAGCAUUGCUACCCGCUCGACGGAUCAGGCUGCGAGAGAGAAGGUCGAGACAGUUACCAGGAAGGCUGUAAGGCGUAAGCGGGCCGGCGGCUUCGACCAGAAGGACUGCAAAACCCCCGGCAACCCGCGUAUUGUAGUCAAGGAUUCCCGCUACCACCAUGCCACCCAGACAGACGAUGGUUACGAGAUGCGAGACGAUGACAGUAGUCCUUAUGAAAAUGACAGCCGAAACAUCAGCCAGGACAGCUUCGAUGACAAGGAAGAAGAGAUGGAGACUACUGAACGCGUCCGUCGUUGGAUAAACGAGAUGCUGCUAGGUGGGUACAACCAAGCGUCUGCUGAGCCACCGCCUGGCUUACUAGCAGACUGA